UUUUGUGACGUCAUGAAAAGAGAGGGUAAAAUAUCGGAUCACAUGUGAAGGACUAACAGUUGUUAUAUAUCCUUUCAAUAGUUUUAAAGGUAUGAAUGGUAUCUUAUAGAUCUGGUUGAAUAAUUUGAUAUUUUUGAAGAUUCACUGAAAAAUCAAGAUAAAGCGACAAGGUUCUCCGUUGUCCCAGGUUUUGGCAAAGAUGCCGCCAGUAACACAAAAUGGCAGCCCAAAGGCUCAAGUUGAAGAAUACAUAUCAAAGAAUAAAGUGAUGAUGUUUAGUAAAACUACAUGUCCAUUUUGUAAGAAGAUAAAAGACCUAUUUAAAAAUCUCAAUGUGGAAUAUCAAGUAUUAGAGCUGGACCAGAUCUCAAAUGGAUCAGAGUUACAGAAUGCAUUGCUGGAAGUUUCUGGACAAAAAACUGUACCAAAUAUAUAUAUCAACUCCAAGCAUCUAGGUGGAUGUGACGAUACGUUAAAAGCUCAAGCUGAAAAUAGACUCUUGCCAAUGAUCAAUGAUGAUGGAAAAAGUUAUGAUUAUGAUCUGAUUGUAAUUGGUGGAGGAUCAGGGGGACUUGCUGCAUCAAAAGAAGCUGCUAGUUUAGGUAGAAAAGUUGCUGUAUUUGAUUUUGUACAACCAUCUCCUACAGGCACAACAUGGGGUUUAGGUGGAACAUGUGUGAAUGUUGGCUGUAUACCAAAGAAACUGAUGCAUCAAGCUGCAUUAUUAGGUCAUGGUUUAGAAGAUGCUAGACAGUUUGGUUGGGAAAUUCCAGAAAAUGUGAAGCAUAGUUGGGAUAAAAUGAAGAAUGCCAUUCAGGACCAUAUAGGAUCUUUAAAUUGGGGAUACAGAGUGCAGCUACGAGAAAAGAAAGUAGAUUAUCACAAUGCAUAUGCUCAGUUUGUUGAUAAACACACAAUAAAGGGAGUGAACAAAAAAGGAAAAGAAAUAAUAAAGACAGCAAGACAUUUUAUUUUGGCUAUGGGUGAACGACCACGAUACCCAGAUAUUCCAGGAGCCAAAGAAUUUGGCAUUACAAGUGACGAUUUAUUUUCCUUGCCUUACUGUCCUGGUAAAACAUUGAUGGUCGGAGCCUCCUAUGUCUCAUUGGAAUGUGGAGGUUUCCUGAAGGCUAUUGGUAUGGACGUUACAGUGAUGGUCAGAUCCAUUCUUCUCAGAGGUUUUGACCAGCAGAUGGCUGAUAAGAUUGGCGACUAUAUGGGAUUACAUGGCAUUGACUUUGUACGACCAUGUGUUCCUACAAAGAUAGAACAAUUACAAGAGAGACAAGAUGGAAAACCAGGAUUAUACAAAGUCUAUGGGAAAUACAAUGAUGGUACUGAAUAUAGUGAUGAAUUCAAUACUGUUAUAUUUGCCAUUGGAAGAGAUCCUUGUACACAAAAUAUAGGAUUAGACAAAGUAGGAGUCCAGAUGAGCAAAAAUGGAUUUGUGAUAUCAAAUGAUGCUGACCAAACAAACAUCUCAAAUAUUUAUGCAAUUGGAGAUAUACUUGAAGGAAAACCAGAACUGACACCAGUAGCUAUACAUUCUGGUCGCCUGUUGGCAAGGAGACUGUAUGAAAAUGGAACUUUAUUGACUGACUAUAUAAAUGUAUGCACCACAGUAUUUACUCCACUAGAAUAUGGCUGCUGUGGUUACUCAGAGGAGGAUGCUAUACAAAAGUUUGGAGAGGAUAAAAUAGAGGUUUACCACUCAAAUUUUUGGCCUCUGGAAUGGACAGUGGCAAAAAGAGAAAAUGAUGCAUGCUAUGCAAAGCUGAUCUGCCUAAUCCCAGAAAAGGAAAAAGUGAUAGGCUUCCAUGUUGUGGGACCAAAUGCUGGAGAAAUUACUCAAGGUUUUGGAACUGCAAUUAAAUUAGGGGCCACUAAAACUGAUUUUGAUAACACUAUUGGCAUACAUCCAACAUGUGCUGAGACAUUUACCACAUUGGAUGUCACAAAAAGAGGUGGUGGUAGUAUAGACACUGCUGGUUGCUGAGGUUAGAUCCUGCUGUUGAAUAAAAUCUCAUCCUAAAAUUUCUGCUAAAUUAUAAGACAAAAGUGCUGAUAGGACUUAUAUCAUUAACAAUAUGUGACAUGUUGAAUGUAAUACAUGUAUGGUAUUAAGAAAUAACUGUGUAAACCAAAUUGAAGACAAUUUCACUAUCUGUUUACAUGAAACAAUGUUUUUGAUUUUUAGGUAACCAUGAUAGCUGUAGAAAUUUCUGAAAGGCCAUCUUACAAAACUCUUGCCAGACUUUAAACAAAAGUCAAAGAGAUUAUGAUAUUAUUUCUUAAAAUUAAGACCACACAUAAUGAGCAAUGUAAAUCUGAAGUUUAUAUAUUGAAAACCUGCUGACGUAUGUAAAAUCUACAGACAGAUAUGUUAUUGUAUGUGUUAAAAUGUAUAUUUACCAAUGUCUUUCAUGACUGUUGUCAGCUGUGGUACAUUCCAAAGAAACACCAAAGAAGCUCAACACCACUGUAAUACUAACUUAGUAUGCAGAAGUUUUAUCAAUUGUGUGGAUUUGUUUACAGAGGUUUUUGUUUAUGAGUUAUCGUUAAAUAAGGUUUAAGUGUAUUUUUCAUUGAGAUUUCUGUAUAAAAUAUUUUAAAAAGAGUUAUUUGUAGGUCAGAUUGAAGAAGUUCAAGAAUAUUGUUUUUUAAAUUUGUUAAAUGAUUUAGAAUAUGUGUCAAAUUUUUCAGUUUUACAGAAAUUUGUAGAAAGAGUAACUAGAUUUUUGUAAACAUUUUUCUGAAUCUAUUGCUGAUCCUUUGUAAAUAAGUUGAUAAAAAACCAAAUUUAAAUGGUUAUAGAAAGAAAACAAGCAUGGGAACUGCAAAAAAAUCUUGAGUAGUUGAUUAAUAUCCGUUUUUCAUUUCGAUUCUUUUACAUAUAUAUAAGAAAAUGUUAAGGACUACUUCAACUUGACCUAAAUUUAAAAAAAUAAGAUUUAGAUGAUUUACAUACAUUUUUAAGUUUUAAAUUGUGUCCUUGGUUAUCAGCCAUUGUCUAUAGAAGCAGUAUUUGGGAUGAGAUCAACAGCAGGAUUUCAAGGUCAUAAGGGCUACAAUAUAACUGUGCAUUUGUAUAGUGCCUGAAUGAUGGACAUGUUUGUAAACCUCAGAAUGAGGCUAGACAUGACCGGAAAUGUUAUUUUGUGCUCUUAGUAAUUAUAAGAUAUUUGAUAUUUUUGUUUACUACUUAAUAUACCAAAAAUCGCAUUAACUGUUUAUACAAUGUAUUUAUAUUAAGGUAGUUGAGCAACAAUGUAAAUAUCUUUAAUGUUUUUUUAGUGCUAGAUUGUUAUUAUUAUACAUGAAAUUAACUUUUGUUCAUAUUUACAUUAUCAUGAUUAUUAAAAUUGAACAAUGUUAUUUAUUAGCUUUAUGAAGAUUGAAUUACAUUCAACCUAAUUGUAUAUAUAAUAUCUGCACCAUCCAAAAUGAAAAAUAAGCAGGUUCAAGAUUACCAGUUUUUAUAGCUGAAUUAUUUGAGUAUGUUUGAAGAACAAUGAAGUUCAGAAUUACCAAUUUUUACAACUAAUUUAUUUGAGUAUGUAUGAAAAAGAAUGAAGUUCAGGAUUACCAAUUUUUACAGGUAAUCUAUUUGAGUAUGUUUGAAGGGUCAGGAUUGAGUUUGAAUGUUUAUUUUUUUUAUUUUACAUGUUCAUGUUUUACCUUAAUACAGAACAAUUGCAUUGAUAGGGAUUUUGUUAGAUAUUAGAACUGAAAGCUAUGUAGAUUUAAAAAUAGGAUAUUUUAGGAUAAAUUAAUGAUAGCAUGAUUUUCUUGUAUUUUCUUUCUGGUAUCUGUAAUUUUGAUUUUAAUUAUAUUAAUUGAGCACAACAGCAUUGACUUAAAAUUUUGAUUGUUACUGUCCUUGUAGUUUAUUUGUAAUGAUCUGAAAAACUGAAAUAAUUAAAUUUGAAAGAAAUUGAA